AUGUCUCGAGUCACCUUCGAGAUCAGAGCCAGUGUGUCCCCUUCGAAGGCUGGUCUUGUCUUUGCAGCAAUUGGUGUCGAUAUCGACACAAACCCCCAAGAUGAAGACGCCGUCCUCCACUGGAUUCGAGAUAUCUACAAUCCUGUGUUGUACAAUGGUCUCUCCUGGGGAAGUGACUGGAGGGAAAUUUUCAAAGGUAGAAGGGCAACUGAGAUCAAACGUAGGUUCGCCGAGAGGCUUUCUGAGUUGCCAGCUUCAGUUCUUGCUCAUGUCCCAGAUCCAAGAGAGCUUACUGAGCGUUUGUGGGAUGUUAUUCGAUUUUGCCGCUUCACUGACCCCGCAUGGAGAGUCACCGAUCCUGCUUAUCCUAUUCAUUAUUUUCGUCCUGUUGCUCCUGUUGCUCCUGUUGCUCCUGUUGCUCCUGUUGCUCCUGUUGCUCCUGUUGCUCCUGUUGCUCCUGUUGCUCCGACCCUUGCUGAUACAAAGGCAGCAACAGCAAUAGUAUCACCAAAUGCUCCUGCUCCUACUCCUGCUCCUGCUCCUAUUCCUCCUCUUCCUGAUAUGGAUACUACGAUCCCUGUUCCUGUUUUUGAUCCUGUUACUAUUCUCCCUCUUCCUGAUAUGGAUACUACAAUCCCUGUUCCUGUUUUCGAUUCUGGGACUAUUCCUCCUCUUCCUUAUAUGGACACUACGAUUCCUGUUCCUACUCCUGUUCCUACUCCUGAUCCUGUUACUGCUCUUAUUCCUUGGGUUUAUUCUACCAACCCUACUUACAGUCCUCCUCUUCCUUUCAUGGACCCUAUAAUUCCUCCUCAUACUCCUACUCCUAUUCCUUUUCCUGACACCCCCCCUCCAGCUAACUCUGAACAGUUCGUCCCUCGUUCUGUAGCUAGCUCUUCACCAUGGAACUACGAUGUGGCCGCUGCGAUGGCAGCCCCAAGUCCGCCUCGUAUUGUGCCGGAGACUUUGCAAAACUAUAUCAUAAGUGCUAAUCGCAAGCGGAGUAUAGAUAUUAAAGUGGACGAAGAGGUUCUCUCGCCACAUCGGAAGAAAGCACGCACCUCUCGUGAGUCAAAAGGUAAGGCUGAAUGGACGACACUCACUACUCUGAGUGACUCGGAUUCAGAGAAGAGUGAGCGAACUCUGGAUGCGGAUGGCGAUAUCCAGAUGCGUGAUGGUAAGGCUUAUAAGGUUUAUAAGAUUGCUAAUAAGCCUGAUGAACCAGAGAAUAAGGCGUGGGGUUCUAAGAUGCGAGAUUAUUUCUCUGUUUUUGGCCGUAAAACUCCUGAUGAAGACCGGGAAGAUCUCUCAGAUUUUGAAAUGAGGGAUGCCGGGGAGACUUCCGAGGAGGAUGAGGGUAACAAGAGUGAGAAUUAUGGGAGUGAGAAUGAGUUUGAGGUUGAGUUUGGGCUUCUACCUGAGGUUGAGUCUAGCGGUGAUGAGGAUGAUGAGGAGGAUGAGGAGGAGGAAGACCAAAGAUGA